CAUGCGAUUUUUAAAUGGUGCUUCCCAAAUCCCACCAGCCCCCCCUCCCUCCUAAAAAAUGAACGGUCCCUAAGGGAUCAAAUUUUGAAACCUCCCCGACAUACAUGUAGCUGUAUAAAAGUUGUUUUCCGGACAGAAAUCAUUUUGUGUCGUUUUCUCCUCUCUUCAGAUUUUGGCUUACUCUACGUUCAAACGUGAGGGCCCGACCGGUGAUUGUUGCGAUUUUAAACGCCUCCGGCGUUGCGUGGACGGAAAACACUUGACGCGCUUUCAGAGUGAAACUUCCGUUUUCAAAUUCCUCCCGCGUAGCGCGGACGGGGCCUAAGUUUGGUCGCCUUUUAUUCAGCGAAAAACUUUGUGAACUUCAGAGCCUGCUGCACGCACGUACCAAAAUUAUUUUCCGCCCUAAUAAACGUCGAUCUUUACAUGUACUGAACGCAAUACGCAUUUGAGUCCGCUUAAAUAAUUUAGUUCGACCGUUGAUUCAGAAUUCGCAGCUAAUGGCGUCGUCUUACUCGACACAAAAUCUUUGAGGUAAAAUACGUUUUAUGUUACAUAACCUUAAGGUACGCUUUAGAUUCGGCACGUGAGCCGACGUGAGGUUCGACGUCUGAAUCGAAGUCGAACUCUUGCCGUUCUAUUUGACUGCCGUAGUCGAACAGAACGUCACGGUCGAUCGCAAAACAAUUGUGUCGAUUGUAACUGAUUCAGAAGUCGAACUUUCCGUGUACCUAAUAGCGAGAUCAUGGCGAGAUUCACCAUUAGGUUCGGCACAUGUACACGUUUGAAUCGGCACUAACACGACUGAUUUCAAUUUACCGGUAAAUGAACCAUGAACCAAUCAGCUGCAGGGGCGACAAUGCUUCAGCAGCCCACUAGAACUCCCAAUGGGACGGGCAAUCCUGGCACGUGUUAAAAACUUGUUUUUGAAUGCGUAUUUUUAAACACGCAUCCGAAACAAGUGCUAUCCUUAAGAUUUUAAAAACUUCACUGGACCGGUGUCUGGAUGUGCCUGAUUCCGAGUGAAAGAAACUGAAAUCUUAAUUACCGUCGCCGGCUUUACGAGUCAUGCAGCACUGAAACUGAAACAGUUUCGAAAGAAGUUCUUUAAGUUUCACGUGCACAAGAAAGAGGUGAAAUCUCGUCAAUGGAGUCGAGUCGAAAUUGUUCAAAUUCUUUAUUGUGUGGUUCCACCACUCCAUCCAUCGACGAGAAGGAAGGAUGCUUUCUUUUAGACGUGAACUUUGAUUCAGCGCAGUACCUCUACGUCGCACACAUUUUGACCUCGAUCAUCAACAUUGCCUCCUCCCCGAUGGCCGUCGCUGGAAACUUCAUCGUGAUGUACAGUGUUUGGAAAAGCCCCUCGCUUCACACGCCAUCGAACGUCUUCAUUUGCUGUCUCGCCUUCAGUGAUUUAACGGUUGGUCUGUUGGCGCAACCUUUCUUUGUUAUUCACAAGAUCGGCGAGAUUUCGCGACGCUUCGAUAUGUACUGCACCACCAGGAUUUUGCUCGAGUCGUUGGGAAAUGUAACUGCAGGCGCUUCGGUGAUCACGAUGUCUGGAAUGGCCGUGGAAAGGUGUCUUGCCUUGUUUUUCCACUUGCGCUACAACGAAAUCGUGACCGCCAGGCGCGUUCUUUUCGCGGUGGCGUGUUUCUGGAUGGUUUUCAUCGCCCUGGCUGCGUUUCGGAUUUCUCUCAUGGCCCCAGAUAUUUACAACAAUAUUCAGAUCGCGAUCAUUUCGCUGAGUUUGUUUUCUACGUAUCUCGCCUACAUAAAGAUUUUGCAAUGCGUUCGGAAACACGAGCGGCGAAUUGAGAUAGCAGAGAUUGAAGUUAUCAGGUCAUCUCUACAAAUGGUGCAAAAGACGGGGCACACGAGGAACAUGAAACGCUACAAGAAAUCAGCAGUCGCCAUGAUAUUCGUGGUCGGGUUUUUUACAGCGUGUUAUCUACCAUUCUUGUGCGUUAAAUUGGCGCAAAAGGUCUGGGGAUACUCGACCCCGGUAAAAACGGCCUAUCUGUAUGCAACAACGAUUGCCUUCCUCAACAGCUCGCUGAACCCUUUCGUUUACUGUUGGAGGAUAAACUCUUUGCGACAUGCAGUGAAGAAGGUUACAAAAGAGAAACUUUGCAACUAAGUGGCCAUAGCCUCUGAAACGUUUUACGAGAUAAACACAUCGUAACCUUGUUGCGGUUCAAAAGUUCGAUUCAUGUAAAUUGCUUGAGUUUUUUUUUAAGCAGAAAUGUUUGGUUCGAAACCAAUGACAAUUAAGUUUCGAUAGUAAUAGAAACAUUUUUAAUUAAGACCGAAAAUGGGUUUCACUUUUUUUUGAGGGUUUCAUUUUGCUUAACACAUCAUAACUUGAAGGCUCUUAAAGAAUAAGAUGAUAAUCGACUCUGAAACUUUAAUUAUCUCGUUAUUCUAGUUUGAGCAGUUUUACACCGUUUCUGAUUGCGGCCUUGUCUCUACAGGCGCCAAACAACUUUCAAUGCUAAUUUCUGUCUAAGUUUCUUAAUAGAGUUAAACAGGUUCAUUGUAAACA